GUAAACAAUAAGGAUGCCUGCCUUUAAAGGAACGAAGAAGAAGACGUUAUGUUGACCUCGUGACUGUUAUCGUCACUCGGAGAACGUUGGUUUGAGCGAACAUCUGAGUAGGAUUUUUACCGUCGAUCUUCGGACGACGUGAAGGCGGUGAUUGAGCGUUUGGCUAUGAGACACGGGGAGUCAUGGCGGGUCGGCACCGGAUAACCGCCUUCACUUGGCUGCUUCUGCUGCUGUCUGUUCCGUGUAGCGGAAAACCACUGGACAGAUGCCCCAACGACAAGAACUGUCAACUCCAAAGACCCCCUGUGGUCCUAAUUCCCGGAGAUCUGGGGAACCAGUUGGAGGCCAAACUGAAUAAACCCAGUGUGGUUCAUUACAUCUGUUACAAGAAGACCGACACAUUCUUCACCCUGUGGCUCAACCUGGAGCUGCUGGUCCCCGUAGCCAUCGACUGCUGGAUUGACAACAUCAGGUUAAUCUACAACAGGACCACACACACAUCCUUGGGCCCACCAGGUGUGGAGAUCCGUGUACCUGGAUUUGGGCAAACAGACACUGUGGAGUAUUUGGACCCCAGCAAACGCAGUGUGGGUAUGUAUUUCUUUACUGUCGUGCAGGCGUUGGUUGAAUGGGGUUAUGUUCGAGAUGAUGAUGUCAGAGGAGCUCCUUAUGAUUGGAGGAAAGCCCCAAAUGAGAAUAAGGAGUACUUCCUUGCGCUGCAGCACAUGAUUGAGGAGAUGGCAGAGAAGGCCGGCGGGCCCGUGGUGCUGAUCGCCCACAGCAUGGGUAACAUGUACACACUGUACUUCCUCAACCAGCAGCCCCAGGCCUGGAAAGACAAAUACAUCAAAGCCUUCAUCGCUCUGGGCCCGCCCUGGGCCGGAGUGGCCAAGACACUCCGGGUGCUUAUCUCUGGUGAUAAUAAUCGUAUUCCUGUGAUUAGCCCUCUGAAGAUUCGUUCCCAGCAGCGUACGGCUGCUUCCACCAGCUGGCUCCUCCCGUAUGCACACUCCUGGGCCAAAGAUCAGGUCCUGGUCCAAACGCCCACCGCCAACUACACCGUGCAGGACUACAAGCGCCUCUACUCAGAUAUCGGAUUUGAGGACGGCUGGCUGAUCCGCCAGGACACGGAGCACCUGGUGAACGACCUCUCGCCUCCCGGCGUGGCCAUCCACUGCCUGUACGGCAGCAGCGUUCCCACCUCGGCAGGUUUCAAGUACUCGGACAAGUUUCCGGACGAGGAGCCGACGGUGGUGAACGGGGAUGGAGACGGGACUGUGAAUCUGCAGAGCGCCAUCCAGUGCAUGCGGUGGGUAGGGCAGCAAACGCAGCCUGUGAUGUUAAAAGAGCUUCCCGGGAACGAACACGUGAAUAUGCUGCUCAACGUCACGACCGUGGAUUACAUCAAGACCGUGCUGUUCUCCCCGUGAGGGGUGGGGUCUGAAGGGUGGGCAGGGACAUGGAGAAGGAGAUGACCCCGCACCAUCUGUCUGGACGCCAACUGCCAUCAUGUUUCCUCGCGAGGCAACUUAAAAAAAAAAAAAAAAAAAAAAAAUUUUAAAAAGGUAUUAAUUUUUAGUGAAGUUGAAUAAAUUGCAUUUCUAAUUAAUUUUCUAGCUGUAGUUUAAUUCUAGACUGUUUACUGUUGAGCAAAUUAAAUAAUUUAUAUUGAUGUUCAAUUUGAAAUAAUAUUUCUGCGUUGUACCUACUUGUAUUAAAUGUUCCACGACAGAGGAUUGUAACUCAGAUAGAUAUAAAAUUACCAUUCAUCAGUUAUGCAAAGCUUUUUUUUUUUUUUUUUUUUUUUUUUUUUUUUAUUGAUGAUUGUUGUUAAGCUAGGAGAUGCUGCACACAUUUGUAUCUCUGUUAGUAUGACAGGUCACAGUUUAUCUUUACAAAAACAAAUCCAGUUAUUUCAGCAAAAAUCUUUUGUAUUGAUUUGAUGGCGGAUUCUUUUGUUUAUUGCGCACACAGCCAAAAACCAAAUUAUGUCCCUGAAAGACCACAAACUUUUUUUUAAAGUGUUGCCACCAAAAUUUUACAUACAGAACUUAAAAUAUGCUCCAAAAUAAAUUCAGGGACAAAACAAUUUUGUGUAAUCAGAACUGUUAAUUUUUUGUCAAAAGUUGUGGAACAACAAAAAUAAAAACUUUGAUAUAGUUAAAAUAAAAAUUACAGACAUAAAAUCUUGUUGCGUGUUAUCGACGCCUACUGAUGAGUUUACAGUAAAUCAUUAGUUUCAGCCAUUUUGUUGUAAAUAUUUUUGGACAUCUUAUUCAAUAUUGUGAGUAUACAAACUUAAUUUGCACUAAUUCCUGAACAUAAAAUUCAAGUUGUGCUUCAACCUCUGAGCAGGUCUGCGGUCAACAUCUUGUGAUGACGGAUUACACAGAAAAACAUUCUGAUCCGUACCUGAGAUCAGUUUAAUAUCAGUAAAAAAAAAAAAAGAAAAAUCAAACUCUGCUCCUGAGCUGUAACGUGAAGCAGCAAUAACAAAACAAAAACGACAAGCUUUGACUUAUUACUGCAGUGAGGAAGCUGAUCAGAUUGGAUGAGCACUUGUUAGAGCGUGCGCGCACACACACACCUCCCAACUCUCAGAAGGUACUUAAGGUUCAUAUGAAAGGUUCCAAAUGGAAGCUGCAUGCAUCAUUAAUGUGAUUGUCAGAUGAGCAUAAACAAAAUUACAUACAGGUG